CCUUUGUCAUGAAAUAGCACAUUUACUCAACGGUACUCAACAUUAAUAAGCAGGGACCACUGUCGCAUUGUUUGCAUGUUUUUAAUAUGAGCCCCAUACUACUUAUAGAGAGAGGGCAACAACGAAUGAGCAUCACACAUCAUGAACCAAACCCAAAGCUCUGCUGAUGAUAACAAUCCCAAGCCGGCCAGAACCGUAGCAAUGUCUGCCGUACCGGAGUGGAUAACCGAGACGAUCAAUGGUGGAUCCGCACGCCACGUGGAUCUCCAUACAGGAAUCGACGGCUGGGCUUCGCCUCCAGGAGACGUCUUCUCUGUCCGCUCCGCCGACUACUUCGACAACAAACAGAAAUGUCCCGGCGGAGACUACCUCCUCUCCCCCGCCGGCGUCGACUGGCUCAAAUCCAGUACCAAACUCGACAACAUCCUAGCUCGUCCCGACAACCGCUUUGCUCACGCGCUCAGAAAAGCACAGUCUCUUGGCCGGUCCCAAAACGGCUUCAUCUUCGCUGUGAACUUUCAGAUUCCAGGCAAGGAACACUACCACGCGGUGCACUACUUCGCGACGGAAGAACCCAUUCCAUCAGACUCUCUCCUGAAACGGUUCAUGGAAGGAGACGACGAAUCGUACCGUAACCAGAGGUUCAAGAUAGUGAGCCAAGUCGUGAAAGGGCCAUGGAUAGUUAAAGCCGCGGCGGGGCAGUUCGGCGCGUUUCUCGUGGCGAAGACCGUGAGGUGUACUUACCAUAAAGGACCGAACUACUUUGAAGUAGAUAUCGAUACAGGUAGCUGGCCGAUCUUGUCGGCGCUUGUAAGGCUUAUGUUAGAGUACUCCAGGAACCUUACGGUCGAUAUUGGCUACGUUAUCGAGGCGCGAGAAGAGGACGAGCUGCCGGAGAGACUGAUCGGAGGCGUUAGGUUGUGUCAUAUGGAGGUAUCUUCGGCGUUUGUGGUCGCCCCGCAGCCAAUGAAACCGUACAGAAUGAUGGGUUCAGCGGAAGCAAGCCAAGCCGACAACACGCAUUGAAUUAAUUUCAAGUAAUCUUUUUCUUAACAGAAAGAUUGAAACAUUCAUAAACUGUUAUGAACCUUUUUCUGUCGGCAACUAUUUUAUUUAUUAUGAAUAACCCAUAGGGUUUAAAGGCGUCGUCACUAUGGUCUCCUUGAUCUGAGCAUCGUGUCACGAGACCAUGGAUAGAUAGAGUACAGCCAACUUGCAUGUGUAAUGGUUAUGGUGAUGAUGAUUGAUACGUGUCACGUUGUUUGAUCUAAUAAAUUGUUAUGAAUAAACAUCAAAUAUAUAUAAAAUCAAUAUCCGAUUUCAAA